GCUGGGAAGAGCGGAAAGCAUUAUUUUCCUACUGAAUCUUAAAGACGUAGUCUUUUACCCUCAGGUUCUACCCGUACUUUUGGCACUGGUUUAUCAAAGCCUCAUAGACGGUGAGCUCUCCAUGCAUAAGAGUAACCGAAUCUCAACCAGCAGUGGUAUAAUGUGCCAUUCAUCACCCGCAGAUAACUAUGGAUCGUUAGUAAAGUAACUGGUUCAAUGUAUAGCUUAGGUUUUAGGAAUGAGAAUGUUGACGAGGGUGAAGAGGGAGAGGUAAUGGGAUGUGAUGACGAGGACGAGUUUGCGGAUGAGCUUGACAAUCCAACUCCCGAGAUCGGAGAUAACUCUUGGACUGAUAUAUCUAGUUCAAUCCUCAAUGUUUAUCGUUUCAAGAUAACUUAUGAAUUACUUCCACUAGCGUACAAGGUAAUCUCUAUUAAGGAAAUAUUUGCUUUCUAGGCUAGUUCUUCCUCGAAAAUGGAUAAAAACGUCGUCUACAAGAUUUCGGUAACUUCAAUCAAUUUUCUGGUUACAUACAUAACACAUGUCCCAGCGAACCCAUCUAUCGAAGGAUUAGAAAAAAACGAGCUAUUAGCCAAGAAGGAUCCAAAAAAUUACAUGACAGACUGUUUAAAAAUGAUAGGGCAUUUAUUACAAUGGCCUAUUGCUACGUUCGACUUUACAUCUAGUAAAACUGCAUCCUAUCUUGUUCAGCAGACUAGAAAUUUGUUUCGGGAGGCCAAAUCUUCAUUCGAUAGUGUGUCAACAAAAAAAGACUCGCGAUCUGGUCGUAAACUGUCUUCGUUCUCUUUAAGUCAUAAGUCUCAUGCCAUAGUUUUUCAGGCUCUGUGUAUGUUUUGGUACACAUUUGUUGAUUUAAGUGCAGCUUAUUUGCACAAAGUUCACAACAGGAUAUUUGAAGGUAGUGUAGAAAAUAGCACUUCACCUAGAGUUUUAUACUUGCCUAUCAACCUAGAUAUUCUAUUCAACUCAACUUCUCAUAAAAAUGUUUCUUUUGAAAAUGAAGAGAUGACUCUCUUAAAGCACAUACAUGAAGUCUGGAGUCUUCGUGAAUAUACUUCUGCCUCAUACUCAUUUGGCAGCAAGGAAAUAGAUUCGUUGGAUAAUGUCCAUCCUCACUCAAAUAAUUCAUCCGAAUUCAACCAAGAAACACUGUUUGAGCAAAUUAUUCGUUUCCACUUUGCCAUUAGUGGCCUGAAUAAUAAUUCGCAGGAAAUAAUAUGGGCUUGUAAUUUUGUGAAAAAACUCAGUGACCAGUUGAAGUCAGUUUCUCUUACAUCCGCUAACUAUAACUUAUAUAAUAAUGCAGAACUUAAGCUUAUAUCCUGGGUUCUUCAGAUGCUUUUGUUAUCUCAUGACCAUGAUAAAUUUAAGGUCGUGGUGAAGUCAGAAGCAUGUAAUGGGUUGUGGGAUCAAUUCCUUCAAGAUUUCAAAUCGCUGUCAUUACUUUUUAACCAGAGUAAAGAUGAGAAGAUUUGCAUCCAAAACAUUUGUCCUCUCGUACCAUUCACUCGUCAGUGUAUAAUUUUUAUCGUGUCAAAAACAUUAGCAAAUUACCUGUGUACUAUUUCUCGACGAACGACAAACCCGACUCUUGCUGUCGAUUCCGCUUGCUUGGCAUGUAUACUUUGUCAAGUCGAUGGAAAGUUUGGUGAUAUUUCUCAUCCGGCCGCUCAGUGGCCAUCUCUGUCCCCAUACCUCUCGGAAGUAAUACAAACUCAUUGGGUUGAUAUACGAGAUCGUUUUUUAAAGUGGAUCAUAUCUCCCCAUACAUUCAUUUUCGACGUUGACCUGUUGAACACUAUUUUCCGAUUGGAAUCCAACGCUGGGACAGGUAUUGAUUGGUAAGUUGGUUAUUCGUUCUCCAUAUUUUAGGUAUCACAAUAACUUUGCAAGAUAUUUCGUUAUUUUUUUUGGCACCAUGACCAUUAAAUUUCCCGGUUAUUACGAAUUUAUGUAAUCAAUUUGCUGUCAUUCAUAUGAUGUCUUUUUUCUUCAUACGUGUUGGGUAAUGAAUUUUUUCCCUUUUAUUCAAACUCAAUAAAUCGCUCGGCUCGCCUCGAAGUCUGUCAGGUUUUUGAGUCCUGAAAAACCUUAUUGUUCCAUAUGUUCUUCAACCAUAGGAAUGCUUUGCCAAUCUUCACCUUUACGUCUGCAUCAGAUCCUCUACGUUAAUCGAUGAUGCUGUCUGGGUACGUGAAAAUUCCCACCUCUUCCAGAGUUUCUCCAUCAAGUGUGGUUGAUUGGGUGUUCUCCUUGUUGUAUUUGAGGAUUUUGUUUUUUCCUUGUGUAUGUUGAAGCGUACUGAUGCAGAGACAGCUGCUACACUAGCUGUCUUCAUCUGCGUUAGUUGGUGUGUAUGUGAUAGAAGGUUCAGGUGAUGAUCUAUGAAGUCGAAAUCGUCUAGUUGCAUUCAACCUGUCUAUUGUAUUCUGUGCUUCCUCUCAAAUGUGGAGGUCAUCAUAAUCCAGUCAACCACCAGAAGAAAGAGAAAGGGUGGGAGUAAACAGUUAUAUCUGACACUGGUCCUCAAUUGGAACGCGUUUGUCAGCUAUCCUCCUUGCACGACUUUGCAGUGUAAUCCAUCAUAUGAAUUCCGUAUGAUGGUGACGAUCUCCUUAGGUACUCCAUAAUGUCGGAGAAGUUUCCAUUAUAAUCUAUUCACACUGUCAACUGCCUUCUCAUAGUCAAGGAAGUUGAUGUAUAGUGACGAUUUCCGUUCAAUUGUUUGUUCAACGAUGAACUGUAGUGUUCCGACUUAAGUCAGUGCACGACCGAACCUCACGGAAUACAGCCUGGCAAUCUCGAAUAUGGGCGUCUACUGAAUCUUCUACGCAGUUCAGCAUCACUGUUGAAAACUUUUCCUGGUACUGACAAUAGUGUGAUGCCUCUGUAGUUCUCACAUUUGCUCAGAUCUUCCUUUGGAAUCUUGAUGUGUUAUUCUUCUCAGUCUUACGUCUUUUGCUCUUCCCAAGUGUUUCUGGACAGAACGUGGAGCAUGUUUUCAGUUACUUCUCUCUGUGAUUUCAGUGCUUUAGUUAUUAUGUUGUCAGGUCUUGCCUCCCCAUUCUGAUAGUCACGCUCAUUUCUUCUAUCGUUGGUAGGGUAGAAGUUAUGAGAAGAUCUUAAGUUGCUGCUUCGAUGUCCGAUGACCUUCUGAAUUUUUUAGUUGUACAAAUAUCUAUCUGGUCCUCUGUUGUGUGGUCCGGUGAGACCCAUGUAGCUUUGUGUAUGCAUUUGUUUGGGAAAAUUGUGCCACCUAUAACCAUUUUGUCGAAUGCAUUUAAAUUUGCAAAACUUUCACCAUUCUCGUUCCUUGCAGUCCAUAUCGUCCCAUGAUGUCUUCAUACCCUGUGUUAUCCAUUCUGGAUUUGGCGUGUAGAUCUUCCAUCAGGAUGGUGAGUUUCUUUCCUAAACACUUCUCUAUAAUCGAUUGUAGCUUCUUGUGGAACUGAUCUUUAUCAUCAUUUCUGUCAUUGGUGGGCGCACAGCACUUGAUAAUAUUCAUUAUGAUUCCCUCGUUUGUUUUGAAUGAUGCUUUGAUAAUUCUGGAUCCAUGAGAUCCCCAUUCUAUAAGUAUUUUCCAUUCUUUUUUGAACAACAUCAGAGCAACUUGUGUGUGCGAAGCAUUUUCUUUAUGACCAGUGUACAGCAUCAUCCCCUUCGAAUAUAACCUUUUCUGUCCAUCUCGGGUCCACUGGUUUCGCUGAUUUCAAGCACUGUCAAGUUGUAUCUCCUCAUUUCCGUUGCUAUUUGACUGGUCUUCACAGUCUCCCACAUUGUCCAGACGUCCCAUGUACCUCCAAAAAUUGUUGCUGUGGUUGUUAAAAGGGACAUCGGCCUCGUGAUUUCCUAAGAAUCUCAAAUUUCACCAUGAGGCGUCAUAAUUUUUCUGAAUGAAGAUCCUUCAACUCGGUGGGCAAAGUUUAAACGUUUUAAUUUGUUUAUUCUGGUCAGCGUAUUUUUAGCAAGGUUGUUUUCUAUAGGAUGGGAGAGCUGACCCCAUGCUCAAUUCUCCUCCUUUAUGUGGUCUUGGUACCGAGAGUAAUUCUAGAAGGGCUACAGGCGGAGUUACCUUAAUGCGUACCAAGCAGCAACACACCUAAAACCCGUCUUAUCCUGAAUAAGUUCAGAGCGGCAAACUAUUUAAUCGUACUUGGAAAUUCCGCUUAGGAGUAUAGGAUUUUCCCUAAGCCGCUUAGAUUGUUUAAUCAAAAUCUUGAAGUAAUUACCUUCCACCGCUAAAAGGUUAUAUGUGCAAAACAGGCAUUCUAGUUGCGUUAACGUUUUGAGAUGUUACUCCAGUUAAUGAAUAUGGCGUGACACAGAGUUGGACCGACAAACAAUGUCAUAUAUGUGUCCUGCUGCUUAAUAUGCGUAUCACCGAUUUUGCGGAAACUAAUCGGUAAUCAACUUAUUACAUCAUUCAUUGAUAAAGAUAGGCCACCGUACCCAAAUCUCAAAAAAUAACCCAUCAGGUUACAUUGCCUACCGUUUCUUCAGGUAAGGUCCACUCAGAUACGUGCUAGCACGGACGUAAUCGCGGUUCAGAUUUGUGCUUGAGAAAAACCAGCAGUAUUUUAUCGCUCUUCUACACUAACUGGUAGCAAUAUGGUUUACCUGUGUUCAUCAUUUAGUCAGUGUCGAGGGUCGGAAGAUCGGAUUUUUUCUAUAUUUCGGGUUGAGAUUAGCUAGGAAUAAACAAUCAUCUAAUCAUAGUCGUAGCAGACAAUCAUUAUUACUUGGGACAGUUCCAAAAGUCCUUCCGAACUGACGUAUUUUAUCUUGAACGAUAAAGUCCAUUGAAUCUACUAUGUCUGUACUUCUAGCUUUUCUAAGAAAGCCAGAAGGCAUUCUGAAAACCAUCGUUCACUUUUGGAAUGCCAUAAUUAUAAAGAAGUAGAGGGAUGUAUCCUAUCCUUUGGUGGUUUUACCGUCCUAUUUAAUCGUACAGCUCAAAAGCAAAUAUCUACUAAUGUCUAGUUUAUGGGUCCGUAUUUUGUUUCUGAACUUAAUGCUAUACAUACCGUAGUAAGGCCACGAAAGUUUACAGUCAAGUUCGUGAGUGCACUUGGAGUGGAUCUCUCUGACUUUACAUUUCGGCUAGGUAACGCCAAGUGAAUGACCACACUUGUAUCCUUCAUGCAAGUUUCGUGGAUAGCAACUGUUAGUAACACGCAACUCUAGAGUGUUGUUUGAUGAAUUUUUUUAAAUCUCAUAUAUGAUUCAAAUGAUAAUCGACCCAAUAUAUAGUUUGAAUCUUGGAAACCAGGUUUAAUAUUUUGUGAACUCGUAUAGUUAACACCACUAGCGCGUUUAUCGAGUUAAAGAAAAGUGACUGAUAGUGGGAAUAAAAGAAGUACUAGGAGGUGAGGUAGGGAUAUAAUUAUAGACAAAGUGUGUAGAUAGUCGUCACUUUCCAGGUACAUAAACCACGAAGGCUUGCUUCUUGAGGGUCCUGUAAAAGAGAUCGGGCUUGGCGUAAUCUUUUCCAUCCGCAGACGUGAUUGAAUAGCGCAGAUGAUUGGUGUUUCUAUAUAAUUGGUUUAGUAUGUGUUCGUUCUUGACUUUUGAGACCUCACCACUAGUACUGAAAAUCCCAGGAGAUGGAGUUAUUCUUAUUUUGUGCCUUCCCUUUCAUAACCCCUUCUGCUCUCAGACCUUGAGUUUACUGCGUGGUACUAUAAAAGUUAAAAAACAAUUGUCUUGAUCGUUACAAAUAUAUUAGGUCUUCGUAGUAGGCGAAACUUAACCACUACAGUGUUUAACUUUAGCUACUACAGCUCGUUGAGCUUAGUGGUGGAAAUAUGUAAGUAUGUGUCGCAGUUACUUCUCUUAAGCAAAUUAGAAUCUGUAUUAACUGAUAUUUGUUUUUUGUAACUACUGCUCAUCAUUCAAUGUCGAGUCAUAAAUGUUCUUCAUCCAGAAGACAAUGCAUUGAUGAACUAUUAUGUUGCAUUUUUGCAUUAGAUUCAAUGAAUUUUGCGUUACAUAAAUUCAGUUCACCUCGUUUUUAUUCAAAAACGAACGAUUACUUAAUAGUCAAGAUAUUGAUAUUCAACUAUUGGGUUGUUUCUUUGGGGAACCAAGCAUCAUUAUUAACUCCCCCCUUUUAAUACUAGUUAUAUUUGUGUAACAAGUAUACGUUUCUGUACUCGGUGCUAGGGGACAGUUUGCUAGGACUGAUGAUACUGCCUAACCACUCCGACUGAAAUGAGUCGAACAGUGUUCGAGCCUUUUUCCAGGAGUUAAAAGUUGACUGUCUGCUCUUAAAUACUGAGCUGUGUAAAUAUACUUCCUUAAGAAAAUCUGUUACUAAAACUAGUCUUUUAGUACAACUACGAUUCAGUUCGCUCGUACUGUGUAUCAGGGUAACUUUUAUAGAAUCUAGUCUUCAACUUCAUAUUUGAUCCGAAGAGCUGUAUUAAUAAUAUUUACUACUUUUCUGUUUAGGUCAAAUCGUGAUACCUUUUUAUCGCGUUGCACAAACCUCGUUCAGUCCAAACCACCUGAUGCAGUUGAUUCAGUUCUUGAGUUCAUUCAUUUGGAAUCUUCGAAUAUUUCGAUUUGCUUAGCAUCACUCCAAUUAUAAAAGAACAUUUUGUAACCCUGUAUCAUAAAAAAAUCAUUUUAAUAUUAUCUUGAUUCGUAAAUGUACUUUGGCUAAAUGGGUUUGUUUACUUUCAGCUUGUAGGCACUUUAGUAAUAAUUUUACAGUAAAUAUAUACUUUACUAUUUGUCGCAACCUAAUUCAUGAAAUACUAGGUGAUUAUAACGAUUAAUUUAUUUGCGGUUAUGCAAAAUGACUAUGGCUACUGGAAAAAGAUCAGUCGUCAAAUAUUAUGGAACUGUGCUAGCUUGAUAUAAUUACAGUAAAAAGCCGUUACUCAGUUGCCGCUAAAUCUUUUCAUCAAGAAGUUUUGUUUCUCGAACACUCAUUUGCCAAGUCUGGUAGUGAUAUACUGUUGUGUGACGUUUUUGUGGCUUCAUUUCUUAACCACAAUAUUUCUCGAUCUCUCACCUGCUUUUUAUAUUUAUCUAUCUAUACGUAUGUGCCAGUUUCAUCUACCUCCAUCAUUUUUGUCCCUUCAAAUCAGAUUUCGCUGACAAAAGUUAGUUGUUCAAGAACGAUUACAAAACGAAGCCUGAUAUCCUCGAAUUGUGAGGUAGCUUUCUCUGGAUAACAUGCAUUUACUGUUAGACUUUUUUUUAGGACAAUAUCGACUUCUCAGUCUCUCGCUAUGUAAAGGUCAUAUUUACAGGCUUUCGGCCUUGAAGUUACCUGAUAAGAAAGUAGUGAUAUUUCUUAAUUGUCAUUAGGUUACUGUGAUUUAAACCCCUGUUUGAAUUUCUUUUAGCUAUUUUAUGGGUGGUUUCAGACAUAUUCUACGACACGGUAUUCAUCUCAUUAAGUAAAUUACGUCGAACGUUUUGUCGCAUUAUUGAUCAAGUUAGUUUAUGACUACUAGUGAUAGAUUGGUAUUCAGACUGGUGAUCAGUUCACACGGAAGCUAUGAGUCUAUGUUGCUUUCAGAUACACAUAGUUCCUCUUUUUUAUAGCCACUUUAACGCACCAUGCGAACCACUAGAUAGUCGGUAGUAGUCACAGGCUAUUCAAACUGUUCUCCUGGUAUUGUAUUUGGCUCAAAAUAAAUAAUACAGAAGUAGCUAGUAUCAUCACAAUUUGGCCUCUAAAUAAUGUUAUAUGCGUUCGCGAAGUAAGAUUAGUUCGGUAUAGUGGUCUUGAGUGCUGCCACAGAAUCUCGCGGUCUACGGAGUCAAAUACUGCUUUUAAGUCAAGAGAGACCACCAUUACCGGACGCCGAUAAGCAUGCCUAUGUCCUAGAACCUGAGGAGUGGUGUGUGAUCGAUGCAUACACGAUCGGGUCUGAAGCCAGCUUGGUUCUCUCGUGUUUGCAGUUCACGAGUCUUUGUCAGGCGCUCGAUAAGUAUUGAGGCUAGCAUUCUAGAUGCUAUGUUAGUCAGACUAAUCCCACUAUGGUUUUCACAAGAUGAUUUUGACCCCUUUUAUAUAUUGGGACGAUCAGUGAUUGUGGCCAGUCAGAUGGAAUUACGUCCAACUCCCAGAUUUUAGCUAAAACAUUAGUCAACCGGGUAAGUAAUAGUGAGGUUAGACGUAUGACAUUAGGGAAUGAUGGCAAAUCAGCUGGUGAGGUUGUGAAUCUUCAUUGACUCAGAUGGUUGGGUCACGUGUUACGUAUACCUGGGCACCGAUUACCACGACGCGCAAUACGGACUAGUGUAGGGGAUGGUUGGAAGAAAAUUAAGGGCGGCCAAACCAAAACGUGGUAUCAGUGCUUAAAGUCACUAACUUCUAGUCUGAGCCGUGUUGGUAGAUUCAGACUUCUUGGUUGGGGUCCGUGUGACUAUCGUAACCAAUGGUUGGAGACUCUAGGUGACAUGGCUCAGAAUCGAUCACAAUGACGUAGGCGUAUACACUCUCUGUCUUCCCCUAAACUGAGAUUAAAAUCGCUUCAUAUCUUCCUUUCUACGAACUAAUUCUUUCCCGUACUAUGUCCUUAUAUGCGGUCUUUAUUUUAUAUAUUACCACCACUGAACUAACUACUAUGAAUCCGGUGUUCAUCUUGUUGUGCUAAUGAGGUAGGGCAUCUUGGACCAAUGCACAUAUGUGCCUGGUCCUACGUGUAGCUGACUGGCUUAUUAGUUUGGUAAUUAGUUGUGCUUGGUUGUAAUGAAGAAUCUUAGAGUUUUCCGUAAUUGUCUGAAUAAUUGAUGAAAAAUCGUAGUGACAGCAAAGCUGGACUCCACAUGCCUUUUCUCAAAUUAAAGAUGUGAAGAAACAGUCGUUAUUAUUCAUAUUAUAGAGCCCAUUUAACGAUAAUUCUUAAAUUUUCAAACGUAUUAGAGAGGCACCCCGACACUAAUCAGAGGUUUGAGUAAAUGAGUAUAUCCUUGUUAGGACUAGUCUAAUACGUUAAUUAUUGGUUUUGUAUUCAACAUUUAAACAUGGUUUUUCAGCUAAAUAUUUGCUUAUGAUCUCCACAUAUCAAUUCCGGGUCAAGACUUGCCCGAACGUUAUCGUUUCUGAAAUGUUAUUGUCUAAAGAAAUAAUUCUUGGUUACAUUAAAAAGCUUUAAAGGCUUUUCAGAGAUCUCAGUCUAUUGACCUGGUGACGAUUCGGAUAUGAAAAUGUCCUUUAAGCGGACUGCUAAGAUUUUGUGACUAACGCAUUAGAAUUCUUAUUGCCUCUUUCUGUAGUACAACCUAGCUUCUGUGACUUUUGGUUUUAGUCAUGUACUGACUGCUAUUUCCAACCUUUCCAUGCUCAGAGGUAAAACACGCUUUUGUUUUAUUGCAAUUAUUUAAUAUUUUGUAGAAAGCAAACUACGUCUGUCAUACACCACUUCCUGUUUAUACAUAUAUUCUUUGAUAAUAUUUUCUAAUGUCUUAUAAUGUUUUGAAUUCUUUGAAUUGUAUUAUGAACUAGGAAUCCCAGAAUUAACGCAAUUGAAUUAAGAAGUGACACACAAUCACAAACGAAUGUAUUGUAUUUGGAAUUCGAAAUCAAGCAUUCAACAAGUACAAAGGUAUUAUUAGUUCGUUUAAACACCACAUCCGCCACAGCUUAAAUAGAAGUAUAAGUGUUUGUAAUCGGUUGUACGUCUUCUUGUUAAGUUCAUCCUGAGUCUGUCCUACAUUGUAUAAGAUAAAAACUUAGUAGUAUCUAGAAAGUGCUCAUUAGUAUUGGAAUUACCAAACGAAAUUGGAACAGACUCACCUGGAAUUGUAUACAAUCAGCAUAUCGGUUUUGUACUUAAAUCAUUAAUAUCUAGAAUUUGAACCAUAGAUUUUUCAACACUAUCCUCCCCCACGAAAUAAUGUUGGAUCUUUAUAUCCCCAAGUUAUGAAUAAUGUGGCUUCAUUUAAAACAUAUUUCUCACACUGUUUAGAGUAAACAUUAGAACUGUUUUUGUGAUAAGGGUAAACAGCAGUUGAUAUGAAAUCAUCCGAAAUGUAAUCAAACUCGAGGUCACUUAGUACUCGUGCUUCGCAUUGAGCAGGUUUUUCACAAGGAUCAAAUGCAUUAUGAGGAUAGGUAAUAUAUGAUAUGACAUCAGGAUUUGAUUCCUCUGAAAUAUUCUCAUGAAAUUCAUUAGGAUUGUCAUUGCAGAGCGUAGGAUCGUUAGAAAAAUCAGCAUCUAUCCAAACCACAUCAGGUUUUCGAUCAUGAUUACGUUCAUUUAACAUAUUUUCCUCAGAAUUGCGAGUAAUUUCAUUAGAAAUAUGUGAAUCAUUAGGAAAAGUCAUACCUGGUACAAUAGCAUGAGAAGGUGAAACUCUAUUUUAUGGACGACCUUUGAACGUAUUUUUGAGUGACCUUGAGAACAUUAGCCAAUCAGAAGAGAGUUAGUAUAAAGUAAAAAUAUUAUAAAAAACUGAUGAACUACAAUGGAUAUUCUUCUUUUACAUGAUUUAAGAACUUGUUAAGGUUUGAUAAAGGUUCAGAAGUUUUGAAGUCAUAAUACAUGCGAUAUAGGAACUCGUCCAUAUGGCUCCAUAAUAAUCG